CACUAUUUCAUUGUGGCCCCGCGCAGAUCGCUAUCUCGCCGAUCGUUCACACGCCUCUGCUGAGUCAGCAUCAGUGCGUGGCAAGGCAGUUGCCCGUUUCACACGCAACCCACUCGAGCGGUAACAAAAUUCGCCCUCGUAGCGCAGCCUCGCUUCCCCUCUCCCUCUCCCUCGCUCUUUGCCUCUGGUCCUUAGCACGUCCAUGCUCACCCACACGCCGCCAUUUUAAAGGACCACCGCUCGUACUCCGUUCUCCGGGAUGGCACCGAGACGUCUCUCGUUCUCCGUCAACCCUCUCUGGACGCACUAUAUCUCGCUCGCAUCGUUGGCGUUGGCUGUGCUGCUAGGACUCGUGCGAUACUCCCUCGUUGACCGUACCGAUCCGUUGCAUUGCCAUGCGUUGCUCACGGAGGGCCAGUGGCUGGACAAUAAGUUCAAGAACUGGCAGCCGGAAGGCUGCAUGAUGUACACCUACAUGCCGAAGGAUGUCACCGCCUGCAUGGCCGCGCGCCGGGUGGUCUUUGUUGGCGACUCCGUAGCACGCCAGCUUUUCUUCCAAUUUGCACACGCCGUCGACCCGACCUUGCCCACGGCCCCUCCAGACGAUGCGCUCAAGCAUUCCGACCACCUCUACACAUCGUCCUCCUCUGCCAUCCAGCUUUCCUUCAUCUGGGACCCAUACCUUAACUCCUCUCAAACAUUCUCGCUAAUCAAUCCCUCCUCCACGAGCACAAGCGCAAGCAUCAGUGCUCCUGACCCCGAUCGACCCGCACUCCUCGUGCUCGGAUCCGGCCUAUGGUACCUCCGCUACGCAGAUGCAGGCUCGGGCGGGCUUCCCGCCUGGGAGGCACGCAUGGCAGGCAUCCUCGACGCACUCGCGCGCGCACCCUUCCCGCCCGCCGACGAAACGGUCGUACUGCCCGUGGAGGACAUCGUACCUUUGAAGCUCUCGCGCGAACGCGCCGCGUCGAUGCACUCCUCCGACAUCGACGCGAUGAACGCGGACCUGCAGCACCGCAUCCGUCCGCCGGCGCUGGCGGACCCAUAUGCGUUCUUCCCUGGGAUCGGCGGGCGUGCCCCGCCGAAGCGGAUGCUUCCUGUGUCGUUGCCGCUGGUGUUCAAUCGGAUGCUGGAUGGGUCGCAGACGGAGGACGGGCUGCAUUUCUCGAAUGGCUUGGUGACGGCGCAGGCGAAUGUGCUGUUGAAUUUGCGGUGUAAUGACGUGUUGCCGAAGACGUUCCCGUUGGACAAGACGUGCUGUCGGAGCUAUCCGAGGCCAUCGCCGUUGCAUGCUUUAGUUCUAGGGAUAGUCAUUCUGUGGGGUCCUAUCUGUGUGCUGUUGUCUAGACGUCUUGGCUAUCGUUCAUCUGGGCAACCUCUCGUUGGUGAACAUGACAUGCCCGCUGUUGUAGUGAGCGCUGCAGCUGCAUUGAUAUACCUCGCGGAUCGCACUGGGUUUUGGUUGAAGGAGCAAAAGCAAUUUAGUCCCUGGGUAUUCUCAUUCUUGAGCAUGCUAAGUCUUGCCAUCGGCCUACUCACAACGAGGCGGGCGGACAAAGAUCUUGGAUUCAUGAAUCGCGAACAGACGGAUGAGUGGAAGGGGUGGAUGCAGAUUGCUGUCCUGAUUUAUCAUUAUACCGGUGCAUCCAAGGUGUCCGGGGUUUACAACGUCAUUCGAGUGCUGGUUGCUGCGUAUCUUUUCAUGACAGGAUAUGGACAUACGACAUUCUAUGUCAAGAAGGCUGACUUCGGCUUCACACGUAUUGCACAGGUCAUGAUCCGACUUAACCUGCUAACUCUGCUACUCGCAUAUAUCAUGAACACCGAUUACCUCUCCUAUUACUUUGCUCCGCUAGUAUCCUGGUGGUUCCUCAUCAUAUACGUCACGAUGGCGGCAGGCUCGCAGUACAAUGACCGUACUGUGUUCCUCGUAUGCAAGAUCCUGCUCUCGAUGGCGCUUGUCACCUGGUUCAUGAGUGAACAGUGGAUGCUUGAGGCGCUCUUCCAAUUCCUCGAGAGAGCAUGCGGCAUCCGCUGGUCGGCACGCGAGUGGUCAUUCCGCGUCAACCUUGACCUCUGGAUUGUCUACGCCGGAAUGUUCACCGCGCUCGCAGUCAUCAAGAUCCGCGAGCACCGGCUGACUGACCACCCGCAGUGGCCGCUCGCGGUGAAGGCCUCGAUCGCCGUGUCCGCGGUCGUGCUUCUGUGGUUCUUCGCGUUUGAGCUGUACCAGCCGGACAAGUUCGCGUACAACCUGUGGCAUCCGUACAUCUCCUUCCUUCCCGUGGGCGCGUUCGUGGUCCUUCGAAACGCCAAUGCCAUCCUGCGUUCAGCGUCGUCGAGGGCGUUCGCGUUCAUCGGGACGUGUUCGUUGGAGACGUUCAUCAUCCAGUACCACUUCUGGCUCGCGGGCGAUACCAAGGGCAUCCUCCUUGUCGUUCCCGGGACCCGAUGGCGUCCCGUGAACCUCAUCGUCACCACCUUCAUGUUCAUCUACGUUUCUUACUGGUUCGCACGAGCGACGGGCGAGAUCACCAGCUGGAUGUGUGGUUCACAGAAGCCGCCGACGUUGCCUACGAUAGUGGAGCCGUCAUCGAACACUAGCCGGCGCGGUCAUGCUAUGACUUCCGCUGAGGAAGGGGAAGUGAUUUUCCUUGCUGAACAAGGAAAAGAUGCCGAGGAAAAUGAGCGACCACAAGAACCCGAUACCCCCGCACGGCCGCAACGACGGUGGGUGGACCGGCUCGCAGAGGGAUCGUCGAAUACCCAGUCCUCGCCAGGCUUUAGAGUAUGGUAUGGCGAGACGGAAUGGAAGCCAGGAGUGAAGACAAAACUUGCCAUCGCGGCAGCUGCGAUGUGGCUGCUGAACAUCAUGUGGCCAUCGCCGUCGUAGAUUGGACGAACAGCUUGUCAUAUGCACAUACUUUACUACAUGAACUGUAGAACAUUACAUAGCCUACAUAAUCGCACCUGACCUCAUUGUACUUACUCUACACACGCGCGUGUUUAGCACAUACGUCAGAUACCUGAUGGAAGGGCAGUUACUUGAACGCGAAGACGGAUCUGUACAGACGUACAUAAGGAUCGUCUGGUUGAUGACAUCAUAUGAAGACAUGCACAUAUGUCAUAAUCGUAGCUGUCUCCGGCAGAAAAUGGGAGG